AUGAAGUCCAAUAAAGACACCGCCACACAGAAGAUCAAGCAGCUGAUAGGAGAAAACGGCCCAAUCAAGACAGCCAUCUUCAGGAUUGCUAGUCUAACCACUCUCCUCAAGCCUCAACAAGAAAAUAUACAGAAGGACCUUGCUCGUGUCGAGCUUCAAUAUUCGCUCGAUCCACAGCUGGUCCUCGAUUCAUUGACUGCCCUGGUCGGUGUCUCAUUAAACCCCACAUCACUCCUGAAUCUGGCCGGUGCGGGCGAAAAACAAGAAUGGAGACUUUAUGGAUUCAAAACCCACAAGGACAACACCAUCGCGGUGGAUGAUCCCGGUUCAAUGAAAGUGCUCACCACGGCAGAAAAUAUCCAAAAGAUUCUUGAUAAGUUCAAGGGUGUCAUUCCAAAAAGCACUCUUAAUAGGAUUAACAAAGAUUUAGAUGAGUACAUGGUCACCAUACAAACCAGAAACGAAGCCAUAGUGAAGAAUAACUGCUGUAUCCAGCUACUCACCAAGUCACUCACAGCAGAAGAAUACUUCACCAAGCAGAUUGAGAACCUAGGCCAGGAAGGUCUCUAUAUCAACCUAUCUCUUCCAUCUGUGGUCUUCUGGCUCCACAAAGUCCGUGAUAAUCUUCGCCUGCAAGUCAUGCAAACCCUCAACUACUAA